GCAACCAAAGUCUCACUGAACUUCAAUUGAUCGGUUCAAAUCUUCCCUACCAAGGACACUUGCUUCAUGAUGGUACUACAUUCUGUAAUCCCAUGUGGUCCAGUAAAGAUGCGAAUGUCUCCUGUAUACAACUUGGGUACCCUGGAGUUAAUGUUGAACAGUGGAAUAGUUCUUAUUUUGGAAACAUCGGGAGUUUAUCUGGAGUAAGGACGUUGGAGAGAAGAUACAACUGCUCUGGGACCGAAGGUUCCUUGCAACUCUGUUCUCAGGCAAUUGGUAGCGAAAUAACGUGUGAGAAGGAGAAUGCUAUUAGUGUUACGUGUAUGUAUCUCAACGUUUUGUUCAUUUUAUAGUAAAUUAUAGAAGGGUUCCAAUAAGGCUGGCUGAUAAAAAAAUCAAGCUGAAUCUCCUAAUUCUAUUUAUUUUCCUUCAGAUACAAGACUACUCUAAACAAUAUAACGAAUUAACAUCAUUUUCUUGAUCUGAUAACUGCUGGUUGACUACCAUCUGUUGCGCGAUUGUGCUUGGUAAAACCCACGUAUACCUUUGAACAUUGUGAAACCGACUAUGUUGACACACUUUUUAUUUUUAUCUAGGCCAAUCAUACAUUCGUCUUCGUGGAUCCGAUAUUCCUCUUAAAGGUCGUGUUGAAAUCUUUCACCAAGGGACCUGGGGGACAGUGUGUACUUAUAACGGCGAAUCCUUCGCGACAAGUGCCCAAGUGGCAUGCUGGGAACUUGGUUUUAACGAUGCGGUACAACAUGGUCGUUGGGAGAGUCCGCUAGUCAGUGGAAAGAUUUGGUUAAAAGAUGUGAAAUGUUGGGGUGAUGAGAAAUCCUUGGUAUUUUGUCCACAUAAUAACUGGAAAUAUACUGGUUGUGGUCAUUAUUAUGACAGAUACGUUAAAU